UAUUUCUGUGAAAUUUGGGUUUGUUACUAUUUUUCUUUUCGGCUAAGAAAAAUGGCAACUGAACAACCAAAACCGGCGACGGAAGAAGUAAAGUUGGAUUUGUUCGAAGAUGACGAUGAGUUUGAAGAAUUUGAAAUCAAUGAAGACUGGGACAAUGAGGAAGAAGGAAAGGAAGUGAUGCAGCAGUGGGAAGAUGAUUGGGAUGAUGAUGAUGUAACCGAUGACUUCUCACUGCAACUGAGAAAGGAACUCGAGAAUAACACUGAGAAGAAGUAAGUUUGAAUCGAUUGUCUCUCAUGAUUUCGUUGUGCACUGCAGACUUGCUUGUUUGAAUGAAUGUUCCUUUCCUUGCAAAAGAGAAUGUUUAGACUUUUUAACUUGUUUUAAUAGGCAUGGAUUGUAUGUUUGGUCUGUAAACGUUGAAUGCAGAACUUUUGCUUUGUUAAACAUAGUUUUCUUUACCUAA